AUGUUUCCUACGAAUACCAGUUGCAAUUAUCGAACCGAUUGUUGGCUCAGAGAAUCAAAUCCAUCUUGUCCGUGUGAUUAUUUACCAUCAACAAAAGGUAUUGCAGCAUGUGCCAUUAUAGCUGCUGUAUUUCUCGGUCUUACGAUAAUUAUUCUAUUUAUUCAUUCGAUUAAUACAUCCGAAACUCGUUCAUUAGGCAUGCUUCUUAGUCUUUUGCCAUUAAUUUUUCUAUUAUUAUCAUUCAUAUUCAUUCUUAUUGCACUUAUACUUGUCGGAAGUUAUUUAUCAAGAGAUGUAAUGUAUCUCGUGUUUCAAUCUAAUAAUAAUUUCGAUUUGGGUGUACUUCGAGAUCGUGCUCGAGAAGCAUAUAAAGUACGAGUCGAUUGGUCAACUGGACUUGAGAUUAUAUCUUUAUUUUUUACAUUUUUAUCAUUAAUACUUUACAUGGCGUUUGUAUUUAAAUUUGGUCGAGCUUCAUAA